AUUCGCAUCAUAGAUUUCAUUACAAAUUAACAAACCAUAUUGACAAAGAAAAAUAAAAGAAAUGGGGAAUGGCAUGAUAAGGACAUUGGUUGUUCUAGCAAUAGCUUUAUUCAUGAUCGGUUCCGACAAUAUCCACGUGGCAACAGCUCAGGUCUGUGGAGCUAACUUGUCGGGACUGAUGAAUGAAUGUCAACGCUACGUCAACAACGCCGGGCCAGAAUCUCCGCCGCCGUCUCGGUCUUGUUGUGCUCUAAUCCGUCCCAUUGACGUACCUUGUGCUUGCCGCUACGUUUCGAGGGAUGUUACGAAUUACAUUGAUAUGGACAAAGUGGUUUACGUCGCUCGUUCUUGCGGCAAGAAGAUUCCCUCCGGUUAUAAAUGUGGAAGUUACACCAUUCCGGCGGCUUAAAAAGGAAGGAGACCAACAGAAUUUGGAUUUGCUAUAAAAAUUAAUAAAACGUAUUAGUAUCU